AUAGUAGUAUAUUAAAACUAUUUUAGGUGUUGAACCAUUCGGUUGUUGAUAGCCACAAUGGUUCAAUCAAUUUCAAAUUUAAGUGAAUCCGAAAAUAUUGUGCGCGUAAGGGAUGCGUACAAAACUUAUUCUGAUAAAAAAUGGGUUCUUCAAGGGUUAAACAUGACUGUUCAGAAUGGAUCAAUAUAUGGAUUGCUAGGACCAAGUGGCUGUGGCAAGUCUACGCUUCUUGAAUGUAUACUGGAAACUAUACAAUUAGAUUCCGGAUUGAUUGAUGUAAAAGUAGAUACGUUAAGAGAUAUAGGAUAUAUGCCUCAAGAUCUUUGUUUAGAGAAAGAAUUGACGAUUCAAGAAACAUUGGAAUAUUAUAGCACGUUGUAUAAAAUGUCCAAAAAUGACACAUCAAAAAAAAUAGCCGAGCUUUAUGACAUACUAAGACUGCCUAAUAAAAAUAGUUACAUAAAAAAUAUGAGUGGAGGACAAAAUAGAAGACUGUCUAUAGCAAUUAGUAUUUUACAUGAUCCGAAACUCAUUAUAUUGGAUGAACCCACGGUUGGAAUUGACCCUCUUCUUAGAUAUGAGAUCUGGUGUCACUUUGAAACAAUGGUCAGAGAACAAGAUAAAACCAUUAUUAUUACUACUCAUUACAUAGAAGAAGCUUAUCAAGCGAAUCGUGUAGGUUUAAUGAGAAAUGGUAUUUUAAUUGAAGAAGCAUCACCGCGUGAAAUCAUUACCAAAUAUAAUGCUGAUUCCUUAGAAGCAGCAUUUUUAAACCUUUGUUGUAACCAAGAUGCAAAAAAGGAGAAUAAUCAAAUUGUUUCCUAUAAACCUACAAAACAACAGAACAAAAAAAAAAAUUUAACUAAGUCAGAAAACAUUCCAUCAUUAACAAGAAUACGGGCAUUAUUAACAAAAAACUCACGAGUUUGUCUCCGAGAUUAUAUGCUGUUGUUUAAUUUACUUAUAAUGCCUAUGUUCCAAACGUUAAAUCUUUGUUUUUGCAUCGGGAUGGACUUUAAAAACAUGCCGGUGGCGUAUAAAAAUGACGAGGCAACGCUAGCAGACUGUAAAAAUUUAAAUUGCAUAUUAAAUGAGACAAGCAAUGAGAUGUUAAGUUGUAAUGUCUUAAACUACCUUUCCUCUCUUGAUUAUGAUUUGAUAGAAGUCGACAGUAUUAAAUCUGGUGAAUUAAGUUUGAAUAAACCCACCUACAUGGCAUUUAUUCACUUUCCUAAUAACUAUACUGAAACUAUGCGAACAUUUAUAAAUGAUAAAAAGAACUAUGAUUUAGAAUCCAUGAUUUCUGUUCAAAUUACAAGUGAAAAUAUUCUAUACAGAAAUCAAUUCACCAGGGAUAUAUUGUUUGGAAUAAAUAACAUAAUGCAAAAUAUUGUUUCAUAUUGUUCAUAUAAUGUUAAAUUAGGAAGAAUACCUGUAGAUAUCAAAGUUAUGUUUGGACAAGAUGUCAAGUAUUUAAUACACAGUCUCGUUGCUAUUAUAGUUGCUAUGGGUGCGUAUCAUUUCCCAUGUAAUUUUUCGUUAAGUUUUAUUUUGACGUCUAAAAUCGAUGGAACAAUAAAUCGUUCAAUGUUUGCUGGAGUUACUCCAUUAGAAUUAUUAUUAUCUUUGUUUUUGAUGAACACAGUAUACGUUAUAGCUCAAUUAAUGAUAACAAUACCAAUUAUAUACUUGGGUUUUUCAAAUCCUAUACAAAUAACGUCUGGAAUCUAUGUGUAUAUAAUUGUAGCCAUGCUUUUAGGUUGUAUAGGUUUCUUUUUUGGUUUAGUUACUGCAGGGAUUUCAACAAACAAUAUUAGUGCUACUUAUUUAGUAAUUGGCUGUUCGUUUUCACAAUUUUUGCUUGCAGGUGCCCUGUGGCCCAUUGAAGGGCAACCUACUUACGUGAGACCUAUCACUGAAUUAUUACCUCUAUACAUUGCUGGUAAAACAAUGAACAACAUUACUUUGAAAGGCUGGACUAUUCAUCACCCUGAAGUAUUUUCAGGAACAAUGAUUAUUUUAUCAUAUACAAUAAUAUUAUUGUUAAUUGUCGUAGUAUUAGGACGAGUAAAAAAAGAUAUGUGGGGAGUAACCAAGUGAAUAGGAAAGUGACCGAUAAAAUUAAACAAUAAAGAAGUUAUCUUGUAAAAUAUUGUACUAAUAAUAAAUAUAUUAGCAACUUAUUUUUAUUUAAAAUUUGUUCUAAUUCAAAUUUUUCAUGUUUAGUAAACUUGAAUAGAUGAUUCUCCUCUAGUUUUAAAAGCUAAAAAUGUUUUAGUAAAUUGAAAUUUUGACCGCAAUAUGUUGGAUAGUUAGUUAAACUAUUGUUUCUAAUUGAGAACAACAAAAACUGUUAUUAAUUAUAAUUAAUAACAAUGUAAUAACUAGAAAAUUGUUUAUUACCUCAAAUGAACACACUUUAUAUUUUUUUCCGGUUUUUAUUUUCAUUAUGGCUGAUCUACCUUUCUCUUAAUUACAACCCUAGUUUAUUAUGAAACAAUUUUUGAAUUUUUUGAUUGUUACAAGAAUGUUUUAACAUUCACUGCGUAGAAAGUUUUUGUUUUUUUUAAUAAUUAUUUGAAAAAAAAAUGUAUACUAGUCAAAAAAAAAAUUAAACGAGAAAUAUAUUGAUUUUUGAACAUACGAUAUUUAACUCGAGAUGAAAGAAGUAAAACUUUUAAAAUCAAUCAUUAUUUAAAAAUAAGAUAUAAAUAAGUAUUUUAGUUUUAGUUAUUUAAGUUUUCCUAUUAUUUUUGUAUAAUUUUUAUAACGAUAUUGUAAUUUUAUUUGUUUUAAGUAAUAAAUAGUAAAAACAUGUAAAGUGUUCUUGUUUUAUAUGAUCAAAAAAGAGCGACUCUCACUAGUUUACCGCUAGAUGGCAUGUACUAUCUUAAAAAAAGAAUUCAUUUUUUGUUUAAAACGAAUUUUUACUUGUACUGUUAUGUAAAAAUCGUGAACAAUAUUCCACUUAGCUCAUGUUAUAAUAAUAUCAAUAAUUAAUUCAUAAUUAGUAAUAGUUAAUUUAAAAAUAGGCUUUAAUUAAUAUCAAAAUGAUUUGUUUAGAUAAAUUUGUAAAAAGUAGUUUAUUUAGAGACUUAUGUGUCAAAAAUUUACGUUAUAGCUAAUGAUGAUGCAUGUAUAUUUUCAUAGAGAUGGGCACUUUAUUGCAAUUUUAGACAAAAUAAUAGUUUUUAGAAAAAAACUUAUUUUUAAUGUUUGUAUUAUUAAACUUCUUUAGUUCAAAUUAGAAUUUUAACUUUGUUGCAAAGCUGAGAGGCAUUAAUUUUACUAUUUUGUUUUUACUUUUUAAGGCACUUUAUCUUUUAUAUGUAAAUGGCCGCUGUAGUUAAAAAACAUGUUAAUUUUGUGUAAAAAUUUUCGAUUUUAGAACUAUGUAGUGAUAUAAAUGUUUGUAAAAUGUAUACAUCAAUACGAUUUUUAAUUAAUAAGUAUUCUAUAAUAUAUUUUUCAUACAAAA